CAAAACGAACUGGCAAAGGGAGAGUCCGAGAAAGCAGGAGGGAGGGCGGCCCAGUACGUCUAUGCUUUAACUCCUUCGUUUGAGUGAGACUGAUUGCACGAGUGCAUACCCGGCUAAAGAAGCCCGGGAAUCAAGUGCGCGUCGAGAAUCCCUCUCGCCAUGGCAGGAGCUGGAGGUGGGAGUAAUGACGUGCAGUGGUGCUUCUCACAGGUGAAGGGCGCUAUUGAUGAUGACGUUGCUGAAGCUGACAUCAUAUCUACUGUGGAGUUUAACCACUCAGGGGAGCUGCUAGCCACAGGAGACAAGGGUGGCAGGGUUGUCAUCUUUCAGCAGGAAAUAGAGAACAAGAGUCAGCCGCAGUGCCGUAGUGAAUAUAAUGUUUACAGCACUUUUCAGAGCCAUGAGCCUGAGUUUGACUACUUAAAGAGUUUGGAGAUCGAGGAGAAGAUCAACAAAAUACGCUGGUUGCCCCAAAAGAAUGCUGCUCAGUUCCUGUUGUCCACUAAUGACAAAACUAUUAAGUUGUGGAAGAUCAGCGAACGAGACAAGAGACCAGAGGGUUACAACCUAAAAGAAGAGGAUGGACGCUACAUAGACCCCAACACUGUCACUGCGCUUCGGGUGCCUGUGUUCAGACCCAUGGACCUCAUGGUGGAGGCAAGCCCACGAAGGGUGUUUGCCAAUGCCCACACCUACCACAUCAACUCCAUCUCAAUUAACAGUGACCAUGAGACAUAUCUGUCAGCAGACGACCUGCGCAUUAACCUUUGGCACCAGGAGAUUACCGACCGCAGCUUCAACAUUGUGGACAUAAAGCCGGCCAACAUGGAGGAGCUGACGGAGGUGAUCACAGCAGCAGAGUUUCAUCCACACCAGUGCAACACCUUUGUCUACAGCAGUAGCAAGGGCACCAUCCGUCUAUGUGACAUGAGGGAGUCUGCGCUAUGUGACAAGUACUCCAAAUUGUUUGAGGAGCCGGAGGACCCCAGUAACCGUUCCUUCUUCUCUGAGAUCAUCUCGUCCAUCUCAGAUGUCAAGUUCAGCCACAACGGGCGCUACAUGAUGACCCGGGACUACCUAUCUGUCAAAAUCUGGGACCUGAACAUGGAGAACAGGCCUGUGGAGACAUACCAGGUUCAUGAGUACCUCAGGAGUAAGCUGUGCUCACUGUAUGAGAACGACUGCAUCUUCGACAAGUUUGAGUGCUGCUGGAAUGGGAACGAUAGUGUUGUGAUGACAGGCUCAUACAAUAACUUCUUCAGGAUGUUUGACCGAGGCCAGCGGCGGGACAUGACCUUGGAGGCAUCUCGGGAGAGCAGUAAGCCACGGCAGGUCCUGAAGCCCCGCAAGGUGUGUGCCGGUGGAAAGCGGAAGAAGGAUGAGAUCAGCGUAGACAGCCUGGACUUCAACAAGAAAAUCCUCCAUACAGCCUGGCACCCCCAGGACAACAUCAUCGCUGUGGCAACCACCAACAACCUCUAUAUAUUCCAGGACAAAGUGAACUAGAUGUUUUCUGUAAAGGUAGACAUUCACUACCUUCACCCUCUAAUUUUAUUCCAGGACAAAGUGAUCAAGUGACAGCAUUGCCAUUAACAACUAACCGGUCCUUGGUCAAAACAGACCUUGCCAUGUUUUCAGAUGUGAAAAACUGAAACCUCAGCCUCUGGCACAGUGACCUGUCACUCACCUUGUUAUUGUUUUGAAGAUGUUGUGCCAAUCUGUGUAAGCCGCUUGCCCAGUUUCGUCCCACGCUAGGGCAACAUGCGUAACGAGUUCCAUUUAUAUGUAUGUCAGAUGAUGGCCUUUUUUUGAAUUUUUUUUUGCCAAUGGCCAUUUGAAAGAAAAAUAUGAAUUGGCCCUGUUCAACGCUUCCUUUCAUUGUCUGGUGCCUAGUCUUUUAUUUUUAUUUUUUAUUUUUUUUAUUAGUCAACUGCCAAUCUGUAGUUCCUUUUUUAAUUCAGUUGCAAGUGUGUUUUAAAUGUUAUUCCUCAUCCUUCUCCCAGAGUCUCCCUAUUACAUAGCACACACAUACAUAAACCCUUUCAGACACAUACUUAUCACAGAUCCUAGCUGUCUGUUAAAGCUGUUGUUACUCUUGGUAAACUGCCACACUUCAGAGGAACACUAAAAUGCGAAAUGAGGGCAUUAUUGUAUGUAUGUUGUGUGACUGGCCCUUUCUGCACACUAUUAAAUGUACAACUAUUCUGUCUGGCCCAGUGAAGAAUCCUUACUACUACUAUUACUGUGCCUCCGGCCAAGGCUUGGGAGUGACUUGACUGAGUGUGGGAACCAGAGAGUUCUUCCUGUGUCUUGUUAUUUUACAACAACAAAAAACAGUUGUCAAAAGAGUGUUUGAAAGAGAUAUUCAAAGAUAAUGGAUAUGAUGAUCGUGAUUGUCAUAUUUAUAAAUGGAACAAAUAUUGCAUCGGUUUUCAUUGUUUUGUUUGUUUUUUCGAGUUAAGAAUACAGUUCUUGAAGGGGUUUUAUUGCAGAAAGGCAUUUUCUUAUUGCUGAAAGGCAAUACUUCAUUAUAGUGAAACCUCAAUCAUUCAUGUUGGCUUUGUAUCAUAGUACUCACAGUAUUAUAAAGCAAAUUACAUAUUGAAACGCUAAAGGUGUAAUUUUGGUCUGUAUUUCAUAAAGAACUGCCAUGUUAGUAUGAAAAUCAGAAUGAAGUUGAACACCAUUACCAUGCUUAAUCUGGUCUUGCUCCAUAGCCGCGGGAAGUAGGGGUGCUACAGCCCCUGCUGUUGUAUCCUCAGCACCCCCUGAUAAGAUUUCGAAAGUCACUUUAAUCUUUUUGAUGUCCACAAAAAAAGUGUUGUGCGCGAUUGAGAUAUAUAGUCACCCCCCUCCACUCAGCCAUUGGCACCCACUGAUCAAAAUAUCUUCCCGUGCCUAUGUUUUGCUCAUGUCUACACCAAGUGAAGUUUUACUGUUGAUUAUGAUACUGAUUUUUCUGUAAUGACAGGAAUAAAGUAAAAAAAACAUUUUUUUUUUCA